AUGCGGAACCGACUGGAGAAGUACCAGCAAGAAGCCCAGGAGAAUCUCCAGGAAGCCCAACGUAACCAGAAGAGGUGGGCCUGGCAUGAGCGAGCAGACCACAAGAGGGUGCUGUUUGUCCAGUACGUGGAGGAAGAGCCGAGAGCCAGAAGAGCUGUUGCAGGCAUGGAAUGUGCUGCCUAUUUGGAUGAUGUUGUCAUUUUUAGUAACACCUGGCAGCAACAUCUGGAGCACCUGCAUCGUGUCCUUGAGACGAUCCAGCAGGCGGGCCUGACGCUGAAUGUGCAGAAGUGUGAGUGGGCAAGAGCUGAAACAAGGCCCCUGACUUCCAAAAGCGCUUUCUUGUCGAGGUGGAUGCUUCCGGAUGUGGCCUGGGAGCCGUCCUCGCACAAGGAGAACGAGGUGAAGAACAGCCUGUCCUAUUCCUCAGUCGAAAACUACUGCCACGAGAAACAAGAUCACAGAGCACUGACGUGGAUAAACACCAUGAAGAACAAGAAUGCCCGGGUGACAAGAUGGUACUUGGAGUUGCAGCCUUUCCAGUUCUGUGUCCGUCACAAGCGAGGCCAGCAGAAUGUUGUCGCUGACUACCUGUCCAGGCUGCCCAGUAUUGCCACCCUAGGUGAGGAGGGCGGUAAUGUCACACGGAGCUCUUUCGGUACCAGGCACCAAUGCACCACACCACACACAAACACCUGACUCCACCAUUACACACCGUACAUGUUGAGCUACUGCUAGUUACCAGCCAAGCUAACUUUGUGGGUGCACACACAAGUUGUGUAGUAGCAGUUUUUCAUAAAAGUACCUCAUAGUUAAGAAUCAGACAUGGGUAUCAAUAUUGUCUUUAAUAACUUAUCUGAGCGUGGUGAGUGGGAGCCACGUUUGUUUGUUUGUUUGUCUUCUCUCUCUCUGGCAGCACUUCCGGGUGACUAAAGGACCCGAGCUGUGGAGGCCAGCUGGCUUUGUAGUGCCAGCCUCAUUAUGAUCUGUGAUUUCAUCCAAUUGUUGUUAAUUAAGUGUAAAUUAAGAGUUGUGAAGAAAUCAGGGUUUUGUAAUGUGAAUGGAUGUGUGGUAUGUAAAAUGGGUAACCUUUUGGCUAUUUUGAAAUCUUGCCAUUGUUUUGCAAAUGGGAGAUUAGUGGGGUUUUGUAUGUGUACAGCUGUUUGGGGUUAAUUGUAGGGGAGGGGCUUGUGGUAUUUAAGACCUCAGAAAGAGGUAGCUGGCGGCCCAUUUCCAUUGCAGUCUGGUUUGUGGUGCUGGGUUGUGCAGUUUUGCUCUUCAGACUGGCAAGUUUUUCUUUCCUUCUUAGAUACAUAUUGUUUUUCUUUUCUUAGUUCAUAGGCCUACAAUAUUUUGUACAGUUUGGAAACUUCAACUUUAUUUUUGUUUCUUUUAUUUUUGGUCACUUGCUCACUUUUGGAGAACCUUGGACUGCAAAUAAAACAUUCCUAGCACUGGAGUUGCAAAUCUUGGCUGAGUCAUCAUUUCGUCACAGAACCCAUGU